AGACAGACUGGAGGAGCUGCCCCUUCCACCGUCUCCCCAGCAACGCUGCCUGUGACCGAGACAUGGCCGUGUACAUAAACUGUACAGGACCCAGGAGCCUCCGACUUUCCGGAGGAACAGAUAAAUGUGCGGGAACAGUAGAUGUUCACGUCAAUGGGAGAUGGGGUUCGCUCUGUGAUGCUCCCUGGGAUCUCAACCUUGCUGACAGCGUUUGCCAGUUUUUGGGAUGUGGGAACGUGUCUUCCCUUCUCCCCGGACAAGAGGGGAGGGCAGAAUUCCAGGCGGACGAUUGUUCGGGGAAUGGAAGUUCGAUUCCCGAUUGCAUCCAACACCUUAACGAUCGACAAUGUCCAAAGCUAGCCGGUGUCUUAUGUACAGAAUCUCUUCCGUCAAAAGACGACCCUACAAAUGUGACCUCUGUUCCUCUCACUACAGUGGCCAAAAGAGAGGAUCGGAAACACAGAGGGUCGAACCGUGAGCUCAAUCUAUUGCUCAUUAUUGGUGGCCUUGCCUUUCUUCUGGUCUUAGAGAGCGUUCUAUUCCUUGUCUUCUGCCUCCGAACAAAACGGCGUAGAGUGACGUUAUUGGCUCAACCCAGUCAGAGAGAGUCGAGGAGAUCGACCAAUGAAUACAGGGAUUUAUCAGUAAACGUAAACCUUACCUCGUAUCCACUGCCCGUGACAAAUGAGUCCACCGGCGAACAUUUUGGAAAUGUGGGAAUGACCGGAAUCUCUCAAGAUAUGGACAUUGUGAGGCCACUUGGCGUUAAAGUUAGAGGAGCAAUCAAGAGACGAGAACGGAUGGAACAAGAUCUCAGUUCUUCCGACGAAGAAAUUCAAGUGACACGGAAACAAAGCUCCAAACGCACCAGAAGGAAUUUUGGAAGUCAAAUUGCAGAAGAUAGUUCAAGUACCUCGUCUUGCGAAUGGUACGAGAAUGUGAAGGGUCACACAGUGGAAGGGGUAACGAAGGCUGGAGAUAAGGACACACAUCAUUUGGAUAUUCCUGCUGUAAAUUCAUUGCAAAAUUCAAACACCACUCUCUCGCUCGUCGAAUAUGAGAAUUAUUACGAUCGCUGUAUGGACUUGACACAGAAAGAUGAUUUGGCUGCAGUGACCGUUAUUCAACCCGUUGCAGCCACAGAUCAUUCUUCAGGGAGUGAUUAUGAUGACAUUGGCAGCUAUGAAAUGUCCUGAUGUAAAUCAACCUUCUCUUUUAGUCGGAAACACUGGAAAAGCUGCAAGAUCCCGUGAAAAUCCCUGGAAUAUGCACAGAAUCAAUUAAUCCCACGCAAUCUUCCAUCUCUCCUACCCCUCCCAUCCCACCUCUCCCAUCUCCACUCCUUCCCAACAACACAAUCCUUCAAAUCUUUCAUCUUCCCUGUGGUGUUCUGUUUUGGCACAUUGGCCUUUAUCAGCCAGGUUGGAAGGUCACGUUAUGGUUAUACAAGACAUUUGUGAGGUCAUACUUGGAGUAUUGCGUUCCGUUUUGGCACAUUGGCCUUUAUCAGCCAGGUUGGAAGGUGACGUUACAGUUGUACAAGACGUUGGUGAGGCCUCGCUUCAGUAAUGCGUUCAGUUUUGAUCGCCCUGCUAUAGGAAGGAUAUUUUAAGCUGGAAAAAGUGCAGAGCAGAUUGAUGAAGAUGUUGCCAGGAGUCAAGGGGCCUGAGCUAAUGGUUGGGCAGGCUAGGAGCACUAGAGGUUGAUGGGUGAUCUUAUAGAAGUGCUUCAUAUCAGGAGGGGAAUAGAUAGGGUGAAUGUUACCGAGAGUUGGGGCGAUCAUAUAGAAGUGUAUAAGAUCAUGGAGUGAAUAGGUGGGGUAGACGCACAGAGUCUUUUACUCCCAGGGUAGGGGAAUGAAGAACUACAGGAUAUCGGCUUAAGGUGAGAGAGGGAAAGAUGAAAGAUUUAGUAGGAAGCUGAGGGGGAACUUUUUCACACAGGGUGGUGGGUGUAUGGAACGAGCUGCCAGAGGAGGUAGAUGAGACAAGUACUAUCACAAUGUCUAAAAUACACAUGGAUAAAGGUUCAAAGGUUCAAAUUUUGUUCAAAUUUAUUUGUCACAUCCACCAUAAUGAAUUGACCAUGUAGUGUUACAAUUAAAAUAGAACGCAAUACACAACCUAAUUCAACACAGACAUCCACCACAGCAUCCUUCACUGUGGUGGAAGGCAAUACAGUUCACACAGUCCUCCUCCUCCCUUGUUCACCCGUGGUCUGUGCUACCUUCUCUGUACUGCCAUAGAGGGAGUACAGAGAAGGUUCACCAGACUGAUUCCUGGGAUGUCAGGACUUUCAUAUGAAGAAAGACUGGAUAGACUCGGCUUCUCGCUAGAAUUUAGAAGAUUGAGGGGGGAUCUUAUAGAAACUUACAAAAUUCAUAAGGGGUUGGACAGGCUAGAUGCAGGAAGAUUGUUCCCGAUGUUGGGGAAGUCCAGAACAAGGGGUCACAGUUUAAGGAUAAGGGGGAAAUCCUUUAGGACCGAGAUGAGAAAAACAUUUUCACACAGAGAGUGGUGAAUCUCUGGAACUCUCUGCCACAGAAGGUAGUUGAGGCCAGUUCAUUGGCUAUAUUUAAGAGGGAGUUAGAUGUGGCCCUUGUGGCAAAAGGAAUCAUGGGGUAUGGAGAGAAGGCAGGUACAGGAUACUGAGUUGGAUGAUCAGCCAUGAUCAUAUUGAAUGGCGGUGCAGGCUCGAAGGGCCGAAUGGCCUAGUCCUGCGCCUAUUUUCUAUGUUUCUAUCUUUCUACACAGUCCUGCUCCUCUUCCUCCCUUGUACACCCGUGGUCAGGGCCCUGACCCUCCGCAGUCGCCUCUACAGACGGCCCGAUGUUCAAGCCCUCUGGUCGGGAUAGUCGGAACGCCAACGUCGGGACAGGUCGAGCACACCCCGUGGCGCGGAG